AUGUCGAGCCAGGAGGCGCGCUGCGGGUCCGACUCGCAGCUGCCCUUCGGCUGGUGCGCCCUGAGCCUGCGGCCCGCCGUGGACCCCGUGGCGACGCCGAGCGGCCACGUCUACUCGCGCGAGGCGAUCCUCGAGCACCUCGUGACGAAGCAGGCCGAGCUCAAGCGGGCGCGCGAGCUCUGGGAGGCGGAGCAGGCCGCCGACGCCCGCCGCGAGCGCGAGGCGUCGGCCCGCAACGACGAGACGCUGCUCCUCGAGUUCGAGCAGGCCAACGACCCCCUCGUCCGCGACGCGCCGGCCGCCGCGAAACCCGGGCCGAAGCGCGCGCGGCUCGACGACGGCUCCUACAGCCACAGCAACUUCGCCGCGCCCGUGAAGACGGGGUCCACGGAGUUGGUCGCCGAGCUCUCGCGGACGAGCUACUGGCUCCCGUCGUUCACGCCCGAGGCGCCGGCGAAGAAGCUCGCGGAGCCGCCGCGGCGGCCGCCGUCGCCCAUGACGGGCGCGCCGUUGCGGUCCAAGGAUUUGUACAAGCUGGACCUGCGCAAGGCCGAGUCCGCGAAGACGUCGCGGAACGACCACGACGGCUCCGACGUCCGCUACCUCUGCCACGUGUCCGGCGACGAGAUCACGACGCAGAACGUGCUCCUCAUCCGCAACACGGGCUGCGUCGUCCUCGAGCCCGUCGCGACGCGCCUCGGCCUCAUGAAGGAGAAGCGGUGCCCCGUCUCGGGCGCCAAGUUCAAGGACAAGGACGUCGUCAAGCUCAAGACCGCCGUCUCCGGCUACUCGGCGUCCGGCGGCAAGGACCUCGUCGUGAAGAAGUACCGCGCCCAGGGCGGCGGGGCCUAG